CACCCCUUGCACAAUCAGCGUCGCCAUGGAGACGGAGGAAAUCAGAGCGGCACACCUGCCGCCCAUCAGCGCCUCGUGCCAAACGGCUAUAAAAGCCGCUGGCAAUUGCAGGAGGGUGAGCAACGUCUCCAGAACACAGAGAUCACACUCAAGCUUUGUUCUUGUGGUUCUUUUUUUCCAGACUCGGACGAUUGAGCGAACGACCGGAAGGAACGCCCAUCCCGCCCCGCUACUCGCGGCAACUGGAUAGGCCGGCCCAACGACUCAUACCCUCCUCGGCUCUGGAGAGUAACGGUUCCGAUGAUAGGAUUGACCCGGCUCCCCAACCCUGUAUUUCCUUCGUCUCCUCCAGGAGGCUAUCAAUAAACUUUCCCUCCGGGGUCAUACUCUUUACCUACUGUGUACGUGUCGUUGCUCUGCCUGUCGCACUGGUGGAGAAUGCUGGCAUAACGACGACCCCGUGACGCCCAUUGCUCUCUCUCUCUCUCUCUACUGGUGUAAGCUACGAUGGAGGAUAUCGUCAGGCGCCUAGCAGAAGUAGUGGUCCGCCAACAGCGAUUCUCGGAACAGCUGGCCCAACGCCAGGAACAGACCGACCAAGUCGUGGGAUUGCUGAGGGAAAGCGCGGCUGCCCGAGUGCCACUGCCAGAUGCCCGAUCUACAGCCCAUCAACUGAUGACCAAACUCACGGCCCAGGAUGAUAUCGAAGCCUACCUCCACACCUUCGAGGUUAUCGCUACCCGGGAAGCCUGUGACAAAGCAGAGUGGGCGAAGAUCCUGGCCCCCUUCCUGACUGGUGAGGCCCAAAGGGUAUAUGUAGCACUACUGUCGCCGGCCAGUGUGGACUACGACGCCCUAAAAAGGGAAAUCCUGGCCCGCCUUGGCCUCUCCCCCAUCAGCGCGGCUCAGCAAUUUCAUCAAUGGUCGUACGAAGACCAAGUGCUGGUGCGGGCCCAAGCAGCCAGACUGUCCCGGCUAGUACAAUUAUGGCUGCUAGCGGGAGAACCUUCUGCCUCUCAGGUGGCCGAACGGGUGGUGGUCGACCGGCUACUAAGAGCUCUUCCCCGGCGUUGCCGAACGACGGUAGGCAUGAAAGGUCCCACCACCCUCCGCGAGGUCGUGGAGGCGGUGGAACUGGCAGAGGCCUCGGCAGCCCGAGAUACAGGAGAGAGAGCUUGGGCGCCGCCCCGGAGGGUAAACCCGGCUUGGCGACCACAGGAGGGCACUUCGAGGCCAGUACCCAGACCCGCAGCGGCCACACCGCCGGACGAACCGAUGCCCACCGAGCCCUCCUCCCACGGACCCCCCGCUUGGCUGGCGGGUUGUGCGGUGCACCAGGCUGUCCCGUCUGGCGCGCCCCGACGGACAGUCCGUGUGGAGGGACGGCCAGUAACCGCCACACUGGACUCCGGGAGUUCCGUCACGCUGGUCCAGCCCGGGAUUGUGCAGCCCCGCGCCGGGGGGAGGUCCUCCAUCCCGAUCACCUGCGUCCACGGGGACACCCGGAACGUGCCGUCUCGCCAGGUAACUGUGGCCGCCGGCCCGGGGUCGUGGACGCUGGAGAUCGUGAUCGUGGACGACCUACCGGUGCCGAUGUUAUUAGGGCGCGACUGGCCCGGGUUCGACCAGCUGCUGGCUAGCACCGUGCGACCCGCCAGCCGAGAACUUCGAGGGCGGAAGGCGCGGUCCCGGAAGGAACGGAGGCCCCGACCCGUCCUCCUCGCGACGGAGAGUGAGAAAGAGGACUCGGACGAUUGAGCGAACGACCGGAAGGAACGC